AUGAACGCAAAUGCCUUGAUGAUCUGCAAGGCUAUGGAGAAUGGCAAGACCGUCGAACCGGAUAGCUGGCUGAACGAUCCGGCCAAGGCAUGCAUACCAGCUUCCUGCCGGUUCAUUCAACUGACAGCGCAAGAUGUCGUUACGUGCUACAACGAAGAAGAGGGCAAGCAUGGCGCAGUCCUCGUCUGCUCCUAUGACGGCGCGUCCAAGAUCCUGCGCAAGGAGGUCGCUGCCUGCCCUCUGGCCGCUACUCGCGCGAUCGUAGAUGGCCUACAUAGGGAUACCGGGCUUCUGUUCGCGAAGUUCGACGUCGGUGACCAGCUCUACGGUCAACAGGGCUUUAGGGGCGACAGUGGCAAGUUCGAGCUCGCCGAGUACAAGUCCGCCGUGAAGGAUUCUGGCCCGGUUGAUGAUACCCAGACUCUCCACCGCCGGUACCAGGACGCUCCGAAAGGUCCGCGUGGAGACUUCAACAACAAGCGGCCACGAUCGGAACAAGCAGGCUGGUUAGAUUAUUGAUAGACUGCUGAAGCCAGCCAGGGCGGGGGAUGUACAUGGAGGAUGGUAACGCCGCCACGUCUCAGUCGACAUUGGUUGCGAGAGAAAAGAGGGAAAUCAAAGCAUGUUCCUAGGACAUACUGAGAGGGUG